CUUUCGUCAGUCUGCAAUUUUUUUUUACUAUUUCAAAAACAAUUGCACAGACAGUCGUUCAAUACUUGACCAAGUCGAUUGUAAUUGAUGAGUCGUAGGGUUUUAUGUAAAGUUAAAAAUUAAUUGUUACAGUAUUUGAAUCUGCGCAUCAGUUUCUGUCUGCUCUCACAUGUCCUUCAGUUCACGAGGAGAUACAUCUUCGCAAAUACCAACGAGGGUCUGAAUCAUGUCGGCCCAAGUGUCCGAGUCAGACCAGAUCAAACAGUUCAAAGAGUUUCUGGGAACAUACAACAAGGUGACGGAGAACUGUUUCAUGGACUGCGUCAAAGACUUCACGACCAGAGAAGUGAAGCCUGAAGAGUCCAACUGCUCCGAGUCGUGUCUGCAGAAAUAUUUGAAGAUGACUCAGCGCAUCUCCAUGAGGUUUCAGGAGUACCACAUCCAGCAGAAUGAGGCUCUGGCUGCUAAAGCAGGACUGCUGGGACAACCUCGGUGAACCUGGACUCUUCUGGACUCAUAAGGAGUCUAAUGGGCUGGUUCAGGUCCAGCGGGUCCAGGAUGAACUCAGAACUGCAGCUAAGGUUUGGCACAUGCUGAAGUUGAUGUAGCUGAACUGGAAAGAUGUGAAAGCAGAGUCACAUGGGAAAUGUAGUUUAAAACCUAUUCAGCCUGUAAAAAUCAAUGGACCUGUGGUUGAUGGUAUUUUUGUUAUUUUAUGUUGUGAUGUUAAAUAACUUGUAUUAAACAUCAUGAGUAUCUGGCA